AUGGACCUUUGGGCGCAGGCAAUGCGACUCUUGGCUCUCUGCGCCGUCGCUGCGGCGUUACUGCCCCGUUACCCAGGGCGUCUCCGUUCUCGGGCUCAAGUACCGAGACGGGCGGCUGCGAGACAGGGCUCGGGAGAGGCACCCCUCACUCGUGCCCGCGCACCGAUCCAACUACGAUCGGAUGGAUCUAGCGGUUGGUCGUCUGCCCGGUGUGGAGAGGGCAGGGCACGAGACGAGGGGGAUUGGCCGGUCAAAAGAGGGGAACACCCGACGGGAGAGGGAUGGUGUGGGCUGGUUACAUGUUGGGGCCAGCCAACCAGCUGGCCUGGCCAUACUGCCGUGCUACCUGGCAUGUACCACACAGCACGGGCACUCGCCGUGGUGGGGGUGCUGUGCGCCAGCGAGAUUGUCUUGUUGGGUAUGGGGGGCCUUCCCAGAUGCAAGAUGGCCUGCGCCGAGCCCGAGUACUGGCAAAUACGACAUUAUUUUCCCCCGGCGUCUCUCGCUGUUGACCGCAGCAGCCGUGUCAUUGACAGGCAUGAAGUCCGGUCUGGCGGUGGCCGAGGCAAACAGGAUCCAGUCGUGGGGGUCAUGUCCAGCCUCUCACCGUGUGUGGCUCCCCAGCUUGCCACCCGUCCUUCGAUUCUGCUCCACCACCACCGGCCCGACGGACGAAACGGACGACCGAGGCCGCCCUGGCCAGCCAAUGAGAUCUCCGGCACGGGCGCCGGCCAGGCGAUACGGUCUGCGCAUCAUUACUCGGACGUCGGGGAAAUUUUCUGCUUUGGGAGCCCUCUCGUCCGCUGGAAUGUUGUAUUGCCGUCCUGCUAG